AUAUUUAUUCAUUUACCUGUUUAUUAAGUUUGUGUCGAGUUUCCCUGAGAAUGUCGCAGGUUGGAAUGUCCGACAGCGGCCCCGCUCCUGAGCAGGAGACCAGCGCCUCGUACGUGAGGAAGCGCGCUGCUUACAAGGGUAAGAUUACUCUGGCUCUUAAGAAGUUGGUGGUUGCCUCUGUUGACUAUGAAACUAAAACCAUUCUUGUUGCGCAAAUCAAGGAUUAUCUUCGUGAAAUUGACACUUUAGAUGGCAAAAUUAAUGAUAUUUCUGAACCUUCUGUUGAUACUCUUCAAGAACAGUUGAAUUACCUGAUUGAUGUAAGUAAGAACCUUUCUAAGCAUGAAGAGACUGCACCUCACGAUGGUCAUCGUGUAGUUACUAAAGUUGAACAGGUUAGAUUGCCAGCUCUUCAAUGUGCCACUUUUUCAGGAGAGGGCUCUUCAAGCCUUGACUAUUCAAGCUUUAUCCAACAGUUCAAUAACGUAAUUGAUUGCCGCCACUCUCUUUCUGAUGCAUCUAAGUUAACUUACCUCAAGACUUAUUUGAAAGGGUACGCCCUCAAAAUUAUUGAUCACCUCUCUAUUAACAAUGAAAAUUACGCUGUGGCGCUGCAGAUGCUUGAACGCGAGUUUAUUGAUCGCAAAGCCCUCGUUAAUGACUUGAUUCAGAAACUUUUUGACCUUUCACCUAAAUAUCAUCCAGAUUAUUUGGGGACUAAGAUUUAUAUUAAUGAAAUUAGAAGCACUGUUAGUGAUCUUAAGAAGUGGGACUGUGACUUGUUGCAGGGAAGCGGUAACGUUAUGCUUUCUGUCCUAUUGUUCGGCAAACUGCCAAAUCCUGUCAAGCAGGAAUUCGCUCGGAAGUUCGACAACUUUCCGUCUUGUGAGGUAAUUUUUGAUAAUUACCCUGAACCCCUAACAGUUGUUACCCCUAACAGUUGUUGA